UGAGGAAAGAAUAGCACAAACGAUCCCUGUGUGUGAAAAAGAAUGGCUGCCAGUUUGUCUCUCUUGGAGGAGCACCUCUCUUGUCCCGUUUGCGGUGACAUCUUCAGGAACCCGGCGGUCCUCAAAUGCAGCCACAGCUUCUGUGAGGAGUGUCUGCAGAAAUACUGGAAGGAAAUGGAGAAUACGCUGUGUCCCGUAUGCAAAAAAGAGUGUUCAUCUGAGGAGCAGAGUUUAAGCCUCGCCUUAAAGAGUCUCUGUGAUUCCUUACAGAACGGGGGUGAAAACAUCAGAUCUGAUAAUUGCCAGCUGCAUGGGGAGAAACUUAAAAUCUUCUGUUUCGACGAUAAACAGCUCAUCUGUGUUGUCUGCUACACAUCAAAAAAACAUAAAGGUCAUGACUGUUAUCCCGUUGAGGAGGCUGUGCCGGAUUUGAAGAGUGAAAUCCAGGCUGUGGUUUCCACUUUGAAGAACAAACUAGAAAACAAGAACACAGCCAAGAUGUGUCAUCAAAGCUGGGUGGAGCACAUAAAGGGCCAGGCCCAAUUUGCAGAGGAGCAGAUCAGCAGGGAGUUUCAGAAACUCCACCAGUUCCUAGACGAGGAAGAGACGGCCAGGAUAGCUACCCUGAGAGAGGAAGAACGGCAGAAAUCUGAAGUGAUGCAAGAAAAAGCUGAGGCAUUGACCAGAGAGAUCACAACCCUUUCAGAGACGAUAGUAGUUAUAGAUAAGGAAAUGGAAGUUGACAAUAUCACAUUCCUGCAGAACUACAAGGCCAUACUUAACAGAGCCAAUUGCACAUUCCCAGAUACUGAAGAUACUCAGGUAGUGUCAGGAGCACUGAUUGACGUGGCCAAACAUGUGGGAUCUCUCAAGUUCAAAGUCUGGGAGAAGAUGCAUGAGUUUGUUGACUACACUCCUGUGACCAUGGAUCCGAACACAAUGUCCACUAAGUUCACACUCUCUGAUGACCUCACCACUAUGACAUACUGUGACGAGAGGCAGAGUCUCCCAGACAAUCCCGAAAGGUUUCUUAACGUAGGAGUGUUGGGUUCUGAAGGGUACAGUGAAGGCAUCCAUUACUGGGAUGUGGAGGUAGGAGAUAAUGAUAACUGGAUCUUAGGAGUAGCCAAAGAGUCCAUUCCACGCAAGAAGCAAGUCAAAAUGGAGCCUCAGAGUGGAUUGUGGAUCAUCAAACACAUCAGUGGCAAAUACAAAGCAUGUAUAAAAUCACAUGUCCAGAUCAAAGUAGAUGAGAACCCACAAGUGAUCCGAGUUCGACUGGACUGUGACAAAGGGGAGGUGACAUUCUGCGACAUCACCAAGAACACCACUCUCUACACCUUCAAAGACCAAUUCACUGAAAAGGUGUUCCCGUACUUUAAUAGUGGAAGUAAGAUUUGCCCACUGCGCCUUUUUGUAGCGGGAAAGGCAAAAACUAGCUAAUUGCCAGGGUCAAGUGAGGACAAAACAUAUGCAAUUAUGUACUGACAUUAGCUGGAAGGUUGUGAAAAUUGUUUGACUAAAACUCCAUGUAAUUCAAAUGAAGACUUUCCUUUAAUAUUUUUUUAAAUUACGGGUUAACACCCGUACUCUUACGAUAAGUGCCAUGGGAUCUUUAAAUGACCGCAGAGAGUCAGGACACCCGUUUAACGUCCCAUCCGGAAGACGGCACCCUACACAGGGUAGUGUAAUCACUGCCCUGGGGCAUUGGGAUAGUUUUUAGACCAGAGGAAAGAAUAAGACACUGCCAUCUCAGAAGUAAUGAACAAGUGUUUUAAGCAGUUGAUACGGUAUGUACAAAAAAAUGUAAUGUCAGUAAUCAAAAUAAAUGAUGUGUAAGUUUCAAUUGCA